AUGAAAUCACCGCUAGCAAAACAGCUCUUUCAAAUUGAUGGUGUAAAAGGAGUGUUUUUCGGCCCAGAUUUUAUCACUAUCUCAAAAGAAGAGACCGCAGAAUGGCAGCUCAUGAAACCAGAUGUUUACGCAGCCAUUAUGGAUCAUUAUGCUUCGGGACAACCUAUGAUGUAUAAUGAAGAUGAUCUGGCUGCGCAAGAUACUACCAUUUUACCUGAUGAUCCUGAAGAAGUACAGAUGAUCAAGGAGCUAUUAGAUACUCGUAUUCGUCCCUCUAUUCAAGAAGAUGGAGGAGAUAUUGAAUAUUGCGGAUUCGAGAACGGCAUUGUAAAGUUAAAACUGAAGGGUAGUUGUAGAGGGUGCGAUAGCGCGACGAUCACACUGAAGAAUGGCAUUGAAAAUAUGUUGAUGCACUAUAUUCCUGAAGUUCAAGGCGUUGAACAAAUCAUUGAUGAGCAUGAGAAAGUUGCCCUUCAAGAAUUCGACAAACUCGAAAUAAAGCUGCGUGAAGAAUAA